AUGGUACAAAGAAUUCAGAGGAUGUCAUUGGAUGUUAUUGAGGUGAAGAGCGACUUUCUGUAUUUACAACAUCAGCUUGUGGAUAUAAAGGACGAAUUACACAGUCUGAAGACAAAAGACCAGAAGCUGGAGGAAGAGAACGCUGAACUUAAACAACAAUUAAAGGCGAUCUACACCAGAUAUCAAACAGACGAAUUGACGAGCAAAUAUUUUGAGAAUUUAAAGACAGAAAAUUUAGCUCUAAAAAUAAAAUAUGAUAACAUGGCAAUGGAGAACAACGCUUUUCAAAGUCACCCGAAUCAGAUGAAUGAACAAAUAAGGGAAAUAGACGAUUUAAGCACACGUCUUAAUAUUGUUGAGGGCAGUAUGCAGAAUUUGUUCCUUUCAGUAAAUGCAUCGUUUGAGAAUAAUCGGGAGGAUCUGAAUGUUUCAUGUACACCAAAUGUGACUGGAUCGUCUGAAUGUUUUUCAGGCAGUGGCGUUACACUCUCCUCAACAACAGAAACAACAACGAUAACAACACCAGCAACUACUCAAGUACCAACAACAAAAGGCACUGAACCCAACCUUAACCCAACAACAACACCACAAACUACUCAAGUACCAACAACAAAAGGCACUGAACCCAACCUUAACCCAACAACACCACAAACUACUCAGGUACCAACAACAAAAGGCACUGAACCCAACCUUAACCAAACAACACCACAAACUACUCAGGUACCAACAACAAAAGACACUGGACCCAACCUUAACCUUAACCCAACAACAACACCGGCAGCUACUCAAGUACCAACAUCUAAAGGCACUGAACCCAACCUUAACCCAACAACAACAUCAAAAACUACUCAAGUACCAACAUCAAAAGCGCAUUUCAUUUCACGUGCUGACAUUUCUGUAGGUAGUAGAGGCACGGAGUUCCUUAUACUGUUCAUGCGAAACCUCUUUUCAGUAGGAUCCUUAACUAUUUAUGUAGCAUCUGACAGGAAAGUAAUGGUGGAUAUAUCAAGCUCCCCCGAAUUAGAUGCAACGAUUAAAUCGGCAGUUGACAGGAGAUUGAAUAUUACCCAUGAUUCAAAAUUCACUUUUCCUCCCACUUUGGCUUGUCAGGAUGGGACAGUGGAACCCAAGGCUGUGAUUGUACAGACAUCUGAACUCUCAGUGGUGACAAUAUUUGAUAGUUUUGAUAGAGCUACUAACGAUGGAACGCUUAUUAUCCCCACAAACAAACUUUCAAAGAAGUACUUUGUAUCCUCCACACAACCUUACUCUUCAUCGCCUAGCCUUUACAGUCAGUUUGCUGUAGGCGCCCUAUACAACGGAACAGACUUAAACGUUACCUUUAAAAUGAAGGACAAGUCUCCGAUGUCUCUACUUGGUGAUACAUACAGAGAUGGAGAUGUUUUCUCGUUAACUUUGGAGAGAUUGGAAACAUUUCAGAUCGGGCAUACCACCGACCUCUCUAGUACAGUAAUCACGUUCUCAAAACCUGUAGCAGUGUUUUCUGGAAAUCGAUGUAAUCAAUUGAAAAGUAGUUCCUGCAGCCAUAUCUUAACCCAGUUGCCACCGAUAUCCGAAUUAGAUAAUCAGUAUGUUGUUCCCUCUUUCUACAACAAUACAGGAACUUUGAUUCAGGUGAUUAGUGAAAAAUACAAAAACGUGGAAGUAACUUCAAAUGAAAUAACGGUGCUACUUUCAGAUCGCCCUGUGUUAGUAACUGCUUUUGGAAUGGGUACGCCGUACGGUGGAAAUGAAAUCAAUAAUAACCACGACUCCUACAUGACCGUCAUACCUGGUGUACAUCAGUACCUCAAUUACUACAAAGUGGUGGUGCCUGGCGGAUAUGACGAAAACUUUCUCUGUGUGAUGAUUUCAUCAGAAUUUUUAAAGUCCCUGAGGAUAAAUGGCUACACCGUUGACCAUUAUGAAAAAGUAUAUCAAGGAUAUGCAGUUGUAGAGAAAAGGUUCCUAGUGUCUACUUUUAAAGUUCAAAACAGAAGUUUCGAAUUAACAACGUUAGACAAAUCACAUUUUGGGCUACUUGUGUACGGCCAUCGGCGGGAUGACGGUAUGGGUUCGCUGGAAACUUUGUCCUCGUCUAAAUAUUGUAAAAGAAUAAAACCUAACGGAAUCCAUGCAUGA